CUGCGGUGCCGCUUUGUGGACAACGACUCCCAUUGUGGCGGAGAAACAUGUUUCUUGUCAGUAUAUCCAUCAACUUUGGUACAGCACAGACGAUUUAGCUCCGUAGUCAAACGGCAGAAAACAACCAACAGAACUAAGCUUUCAAUAUUCGGGCAGAUUGUUUUUUGCUUGGAGGGGGAAUCACGUUGGCUGUUUUACGGAUGUUAUGCAUGCGUCUCUAACUUGUGUUUCAGGUCGCUUAUUUAAAAGGAAUACUUGUUUUUUUUAUGGUAAACUGUCGCGAUUUAUGGUUUUCAUCAUUCAUAUUUCAUAUGUGCAACAACAUGUCAAAUGUUAGUCUUUCGAAUGGGAGUCCGACGUUGGAAAUGGUGGAUCCGCGUCCGACGAAUCACACGAAGACCCCGAUUCGCAGAAAUCUUUUCGGAUCGGUAGAUCACGACGACUUUAGGAGGGAGUGUUUGGUUCAAAUGGAAGAGAUGGAGAAGGCUUAUAUUGACAAAUGGAAUUAUGAUUUCCAAAACGACAAGCCCCUUUCCCAGGGAGAUUAUAAAUGGGAACCCAUGAAAAGCAGUGACCUGCCUGACUUUUACACCAGACCGCCUCACAAGCGAGUCUUGUCAUCUGGAAAUGUGGACCAUAACGGGAAUCAUGAUUACCGAGUCGGACCGAGCUGUCUUACGAACGGGGCUGAGCUAUCCGAGGAGACUAAGAGCGAGAGUCAGACGCAUUGUCACCACUUUCACAACCGGGCAAGGAAAAUACCUGCAAAUCCAGAACCCCAAAGUACUGGUAAAAAGUCACAUUCCAGUGAAGAGGAUGAAGUGGUGUCAAAGUCAGUAGAGCAGACACCCAGCAAAAACGAUUCCAGGACACAUGAACACUAAUACCAAGCGCUGAGAAGUCCUCCUUUUUCAUUGAAUACUGUACUUCAGGACCUUAAGAAGAUAAGAGGGAAAGAAGAGAAGACAGGAUACAAAAUGGCCUGCCUUUAGGAGGGAGGGAGGCUGUGCAAGCACUGAAUAUAUACACUAAAGUUUUGGCACUCAAUUGAAUCCUAUCGCCUCAAAAGCAGAAAAUGUAGCAGUGUGCAAAAUUGGAUGUUUUUCCCUUUUUGCUCAGUUUUAUUUUAACUACCUAUGUUUCAUAUGUAGCACAUAAAACAUAAUAUUAUUAUGUUAAUACAAUAAGUGUCUUGAAGAAUUGCUGUGCAGUUCUCAAAAAAAAUAUUGUUUGUUUGUAAAAGUGGUCAUAUGAUAUCCUUGUUCAGAAAUAAUUGAUAGUUAUAAAUGGGGCAGCAGGGUAGCCUAGUGGUUAGAGCAUUGGACUAGUAACCGAAAUCCCAGAGCUGACAAGGUAAAAAUCUGUCAUUCUGCCCCUGAACAGGCAGUUAACCCACUGUUCCUAUGCCAUCAUUGAAAAUAAGAAUUUGUUCUUAACUGACUUGCCUAGUUAAAUAAAGGUAAAAAGAAAAUUCUGAUUAUUUCUAAGUCACUGUUUUUGAGAGUAUCUCAUCAAAGAAUCAGUUGUUUCUAUUUUGUGGCUUUAUUCAGUGUUCAGUGCUAGUACAUAGUUUGAAGGCCUAUUAUUCUGGUAAUCAGGGGUCAAUUCUAUUUCAAUUGAUGAAGUAAACUGAAAGUCAUUCCAAUUUUCCUCAAUGUUUUUCAAUGACAGAAAAUAUUGGGAUUUUUUUUUAACUUCCUGAGUUGACUGAAUUUGAAUGUAAUUGACCCAAUGCUACACUAAGGUCAUACUGUCAAUCAGUAUGUUACAUGACCUAACUAGAUACAAGUUUACAUGCAAAUAAUAUAUUAUUAUUAUUUUUAUUAAGUGUUCCUACUGCGAAAGGGAAAGAUCCUGCCAAAGUUUCAACAUUUGUCUUAUUUUAUGGAUAAAUAAUUAAAUGAUUAGGCCUUAUUCAUGGCAUAGUUAGAAAUUAUUGGUUAAAGUUUGAAAAUAUAGUUCCCAUUUUUAAGUAUUAAUUAUUAUUAUUAUGCCCCCUAAAAUUAGUUGGUUUCCUUUAACUUAUUCAUAAUGUGGUCCAGUUUGACCCAGAGUAGCCUACACUCAGAUGUGUUUUGUAACCCCUGGGCACUUUUCAAACAUAAAUAUGUGAAUCAACGAUUUGCCUCUUAUUGUGUGUUGACUUCAUAUUGAGCAUGACAUGGCACUAUAUAGACCACACAAAGGAAAUAAUUAUCAUCUUUGAGGAAGACAGACAGAUAAAAGACAAAGCUAUACUGCAUGUACAGUGUGUCUGUAUAAAACUUUGAAGUGUACCUGUGUAUUUUUCCUUGUAAAAAUUAUAGUAACGUAUUUUUCUUCAGGUUUUUGUGGUUGAAUUGAUAUCCAAAGUGACAUUUUUUGAGCAUUGUUAUGUAAAUACCUUAAAAAAUGUUUUUGGAUAGAAAAGGUUGCACAACUGAGCCUGGUUAAAAAUAUACCUGUAUAUUUUGUAUUGUGUCUCUGAAACCAGCAGUCAUUUGAUAAAAAAAACUAUAUUGGUUUAAAUAAAAAGUUAUUUAUUAAUUAUUUUCAUAAUUGCGUAUUAUGUGCACAUUCAUUUUCCUCCAUAUGUCAACAUUGUCACAGUAUGCUAUACAUUCAGGCUAUAGUGUGCCAGGGCCAACCUCGGCAGUAGGCUAGUAAAGGUAUUAGUUAUGAGAUAUGGUUGAUAAUGUGUAAAAACACACGUCUAGACUAGUCACCCAGAAAUUAUUGUUGUGCAGCAGGACUUGAGAGCAACGACUAGUUGCAACUUUUUUAUCUAUGCAUAAUGCUACAGUUGAAAAAAUGCAUGAUGUUACUGUCACAACUUCCACCGAAGUUGGCUCCCUUGCCUGUUCGGGCGGUGCUUGGCAGUCGUUGUCACCGUCCUACUAGCCGCUACCGAUCCCUUUUUCAUUUGUCUGUUUGUUUUGUCUUAUUAGUUUCACCUGUGUGUAUUUUCGUUUAAUUAGCUUCCCUAUAUGUAGUAGGUUGACCCGCCCUUGUUUUGUGCGGGAUUGUCUUUUGUUACGUGUGUACAUAUUAGGUCGUGGUGUAUUUUAUUUUCUAUACUGGACACCCUGUGGUUUUGGGUUGUCUGGUAUAGUGUCCUGUGCCCUGUAUUGUAUUGGGCUUAUCAGUUUGGUGUGCAAUAGUAAAGCACUUUACUCCGUUA